AUGGGUCUUAUUGCGGAUACGAGAAAAGCCAUUCAGGAUGCCCCCAAAGGCACCUUCAAUUGGUAUGUGUUCAUGUGCACUUUGAUAUUUGCGUUCCCUGGAGUUGCCAAAGGAUUUGACGAAGGUAAGAAAGAGAGAUCUUCUUUUUUUCUUUUUUGCUUCUUCGCUGCUGAUAGAAUGGGAUUUGCAGGCAAUAUCGCUUCAUUGGUCGUGCAAGCUAGAUUCAAGAAGGACUUUGGACUUGAUCAACAAACCGAAAAUGACUAUGCCAAUACCAAAGGCUGGGUUGUUGCAAUGGCAACAGCAGGGGCUGUCUUUGGUUGCUUUGGGUGCUUGCCGCUCAAUGAUAGAUUUGGUCGUCGAUUUACCCUGCGAGUAGCCACCUUGGUUUACAUCGCUGGGGUUCUCGGUCAAGGGCUGUGUGGUGGUAAUAUGUCUGGUCUCUAUGCAUCGAGAUUUAUUGCUGGAAUUGGCAUCGGUGCGACAACUGUUGUUCCGUCCGUAUACAUUUCAGAGAUUUCCCCGAAAGCUAUUCGAGGCCUUCUCACUUUACAAUAUGCCGCUUGUCAACAGCUGGGUGUUGUUUUCGGCUUUUUUAUCAACUACGGCGUGACAAAAUCUUACGCUGGAACUGAGACACAAUGGAUGCUUCCUACCCUUCUUCAACUGCUGCCAGCAGCGUUAUGGGGAUUGGGGACGUUCUUAUGCCCCGAGUCACCACGCUGGCUUCUCUACGUUGGCCAGCGAGAAAAGGCAUUGGAAACAAUGUCUAAGCUUCGCCAUGUCCCAUUAGAGGAUCUCUCCCUUCAGGCAGAGAUAGCCAGCAUGGAUGCAAGAAUUCUCCAUGAGAGCGAAGCAGCUGGAAAUGUAGGAUUAUGGGAUCUCCUCAAGGAGACUUUCAUUCCGGUCGAAAAUCGACGUCGAUUCUUUUUGAUCUUCAUGGCAACCCUCUUCUCUCAAUGGUCCGGUGCCAACGCAAUCACUCAGUAUUCCCCAACGAUUUUCGGGUAUCUGGGUAUCGAUGGAGAUGAGGCCAAGUUUUUAGCCACUGGCAUCUAUGCUGUGGUGAAGUUCGUCAGCACUUUGGCGUUUGCCUUAUUCAUCGUUGAUUUCAUCGGUCGACGGCGGUCCUUGAUCACAGGCAUCACACUUCAGCUGGUUACUUUGAUUUACGUUGGUGGGUAUCUUGGUGGCACUAGCUCCAUGAGCCCUGAACACAUUGGUGACAGUCCUGUUGUAUCUCGAGCAUCAACAGCGGCCAUCGUGGCAAUUUACCUUCAUGCAGUGGCAUGGAGUAUCGGUUGGUUCAGCAUUCCGUAUCUCGUCGGAUCUGAAGUCUUUCCUACCAAGAUCCGUUCCUUCAACAUGUCUAUUGCCAUGGGCUUUCACUGGGCUUUCUAUUUCGGUUGCUCCCGUGCUAUGCCGAGUCUGCUGGCUGCAACACACAAAUGGGGUGCCUUUGUGUUUUUCGGGUGUAUCUGUCUGAUAUCCCUUGUCUACGUGUUCUUUGCCAUGCCUGACACCACUGGAAGGUCAUUGGAGGCAUUAGACAGUUUGUUCCAGCGACCAUGGUAUACUGUAUACCAAGUGGCAUAUGCCGACAGGGACAUCGAGCCAGAGAGUUCAGGAAAGACAAUUGUCAAAGCUGAGCACCUUGAGUCGGUUUAA